UCUAGUCUUGUAGACUGACGAGGCAGUGGGACUCUCGUCCGGGACGUACCCGUAGGCUGGGGCGGCCUCUGCGGCGUUAGCUGCGCGGAGGCAGGAUUUUCCGGGAGAGAAUCUUCAUUCAAAGCUUUGCUGACCACCGAAGAUGGCAAACAAGGGGCCCUCACCUUCUACAUCCCCUGAGAACUCCAGUGCAGGCGGACCCAGUGGGAGCAGCAAUGGUGCUGGUGAGAGUGGAGGGCAGGACAGUACAUUUGAGUGCAACAUAUGCCUGGACACAGCCAAGGACGCUGUCAUCAGCCUGUGUGGCCAUCUCUUCUGUUGGCCAUGUUUACAUCAGUGGCUGGAGACCAGACCUAAUAGACAGGUGUGUCCAGUUUGCAAAGCUGGUAUCAGCCGAGACAAGGUCAUCCCUCUCUAUGGCAGGGGCAGCACUGGGCAGCAGGAUCCCAGAGAGAAGACUCCUCCUCGUCCUCAAGGCCAGAGGCCAGAGCCGGAGAAUAGAGGGGGAUUUCAAGGAUUUGGAUUUGGAGAUGGUGGCUUCCAGAUGUCUUUUGGAAUUGGAGCAUUUCCUUUUGGGAUAUUUGCCACAGCAUUUAACAUAAAUGAUGGGCGGCCUCCUCCAGCUGUCCCUGGGACACCCCAGUAUGUGGAUGAGCAGUUCCUGUCACGCCUUUUCCUGUUUGUGGCCCUGGUGAUCAUGUUCUGGCUCCUGAUUGCCUAAUGCCAGGCUCCUGUCCAUAUCCACGGCAGGUCCUCUGGAUUGGUGAUGUGCCACCCCUACUCCUGGUGUUUGGCUUCCUGGCUAACCCUGACCUCUGUAAACAGUGGGGUCAGUAACACUUCAAGGAGUCUUGCUCUUUCAUCAGAGCUGUGGAACUCAAGACCAGUUGGCGAGUACUCCCAAGUAUCAGCACUGCUGUAAACACCUUUCUCUAAUCUCAGGCCUUGGUGUUGAGUCCCCACUCAUGGGUAGCACCAUGAAAUCCUGUUCCAGCCAACUCAGCAGGUCCUGACUCUGCACAGGGAAGAAGUGGGAAGAAAGAAACUAUCAGAGUGCAAUUUCACAUAAGUUUUAUACAAAAACAAAGGGAUGAACCAAAUGGUAUUUAUGAAAAUUUUCUUUCAUCUCUUUAAAUUCCCUUGUUAAGUAGCUUCUGAAGCCAGUGGAACCUGGAAAGCUUCCAGAUCCCAGUGCUGCUCUGUCCCCCUGCACCCACCCCCUGCACAUCUUCUUCAGCAGAGAUAUAGAAUCUACUGUCCCAGGAAGAUCAUAAUCACAGCAGCUGAAACUAAAAUCACUUCAUGAAUUCACCAGAGACCCAGAGAUCCCAAGGUUCUAGGCCUUACUCUUUGGCCCCAGAGAGCAGCUUGAAUGACCUCUUCGUUUCCUGGUAUAGAUUGGCCCUUAUGAGACAUGUCGCUUCACUCACAAAUUUCCCAUCAGCUUUCCCCUUAAAACUAUGCAUCUGCUUCUCUUUGCCAGAGGCAAACAGCCUAUACUACUGCUGAAACUGGGACUGCAUUAGAAAUGACCUGGAGUUGGGCCUUUGGUGGGAUUCAGAGCUUUGACACAGGAACAACUGGAACAAGUGGCCCUAUCCCCUAGGCCACAGAAGCUCUGAGUACUUUUUCUUCCAGAACUUGCCCAGAGGAAACUGGAGGCUUUAUCAAGUCAGCCUAGCUGCUUGUGGAAGACAACCACAUCAGAAGCCAAGUUGUCCUUUAUGAAGAGGCAGGUUGGGGAAAAACCCAUCUGUGAACCUGAUUUUGGUGUGGCUUGAUAGAGUCCCUUGAAAACUCCUUGUAUGUGUGCUAAAACCAAGGAAGCAUGUGCCUCCUGAUCAGGCAACCUCUAAUGAUUUGUAAAACCAGGUAGCAGGGCCCAGGGAAUCUCAGCACAGUAGCGAAAUGUGAUGAUCUUUCCUGUAUAAUCCAGGGGAAAUGAUUCUUCCUAAGUUCUUGUUAUUUUUUUGAUUUCAUAAACUUAUUCAUCUGAAUCUGAUAGUAGGAGUGUGGUGCUAGGCAGGUAGGGCAGUUUACCUGGUGGGAUAAUUCUUGUUCUUCCAGCCAGGCUUCAUCUAAUUUUCUAGAGACAUUGAUGGUGAAAGGAUAUGGACUUCUGCUGGGGCCUCUGGCUCACUUUGCUAGUCCACACUUUCCUGGCUCACCACUAGCAAUAGUAGAAAAGCCCCACCUGGUGCUUUUUUUAGAUAUGGCUCUGCAUAAUUUAAGGAAACCAAGACCUUGAAGACGAUAAGGGAAGCCAUCCUCCCUUCUGCAUGGUCCCCGACCCUUUCUCCUUUGCACCUGCCAAUGCCAGAGUUCAGUGUUUAAACAGAUAAAAUAUAAAGUAUUGAGUGAUUCGUUUGCUGAAUCCACUUGGUAGGAAUAAGCCACCAGAUUUACAAUGUGCCUGAUGGAUUUUAAACAUUCUUGGGCACCCCCUCAAGAAUACUUCUUUAAAUCACCUUCUGGAGAUCCCCAGUCUCAAAGGCCCCUAGAGUAUCUGCUCUAGAGGCAAUUGAUGGCAUCUCUCAGUGCAGUGGCCCCAACUAGUGGAGAGAGAGAGAAUUUCAGUCAGACAAACAGAAAUGGGUUUCCAGAAGAAAGAAAGUUGUGGGUAGGAUGACAACUCAUUUGGAUUCUUUAAUGAAUUGGAGUGAGCCCGGGAAAACUCCACCAGCAAAGAUAUUCCAGGAACCUAUUGGCAAAGGCAGGUUGGCCAUGUGCCCUUUGUAAACUUAAUAGGUCCCACUCACCCUCUUCAAGGCUCUGGGGCAGAAAAGCCAACUUGGGACUGUUAGUCCAGCCUAACAGGACCCAUUUCCACCAUCUCUCUAUAGGCUUACCACUUAUCCCUCUGCCAAGGCAGCUUUCUUUUGUAUAUGUUUUCUGUGCCCCUCAGCCUCCACACUCCUUUCACCUUCGUGGAUUAAAACCCAGUCCUAACCACAAUCAGAAAAUGGCAAUAUGUACAGUGGCACACCUUGACCAGUCACUAAUUUUCACUGUUGUGAAAGUGAUUUGAUUUAGAAUUAAACAAAUGAUUUUAUAUAA